AACGUUUUUGUAUUUCUAACAACCGCACGAGGAUUUACAUACAUUAUGAUUCGAUGUACAUCACGCGGAAAGAGGAUACGGAUAUUUCUCUUCGGCUUUGUUGUCAUUGUGAUCCUAUCUUACGUAUGUUUUGACUCAUACGAACCACUUACAGUUUCUGGAAUAUCACAGAAUACCCAACUAAACGAAGAAAGAAAGGAGAAACAAGUUUUUAUGCAUCCAAAAUUGAAGUGUAUGGAACAUGCAACAAAAAACACUGUCAUUAUGGUACUAAACAAACCGUCCAAUUCGUUACAGCGGAAAACCGUUCGACAAACAUGGGGUCAUCCACAAAUGCAAAUCAAGUACAACUUCAGUUUAUAUUUCGUUCUCGGUAACGAGAAAAAUGUUGAAUAUCACGAGCUUCAUAUGGAGAACGAAGAUGUUUUACGUGUUGAUGUCAACGAAAACUAUUUUAAUAUAACAGAAAAAGUAAUUGAAGCUUUUAACUGGGCCACUCAUUCGUGCUAUGAAUCCCGUUACUUUUUAAAAAUCGACGAUGAUGUUUAUUUUCAUCUUAAAUUUCUGCAAGAAAUACAAAAAGUCGAAAACUAUCUGCCAGACGACAUCAUUCUUGGUGAUUGUUUACCGGAAACGGCACCAUUCAGACUGACGACCAAAUUUAGUGUUUCUUUUGAAGAAUACCCUUUUGCAAAGUAUCCGCCAUAUUGCGGGGGUCCCGGAUAUGUGAUGACGUUACCAACCGCACGAAAACUUUACCGUGAAAUGACGCAUACAAAAACCUUCAUGUUUGAGGAUGUUUAUGUCGGAAUAGUUGCUUAUAAACUAGGAAUUUCUAUAAAACCUGUUGAUCAUUUUGUUUAUGCAAUGGACGGAUACUUGCAUUAUCUAAAUAUCCAGUGUGCUGUAAUCAUACACAAUCUCACUCCCGAACUUAUCACCAAGAUCUGGAAUGAACGAAACACGACGAGCAUAGGUAAACAUGACUGUUCUCAGUCAGGAAAACUUAUAUACAUUUUGCAAAAUAUAUUUGGGUUAUAUAAUGGUUGAAAGAAUAACGAUACAUACACAUCCAUUUUGUUAUUUUGAAAUACCGAUAAGAAACGUAAUGUCUUUAACUAAGUCAAACGUAAUUUUUACCAGCAUUUAGCGUUAUCGAUAUCGAAGAGAAAAAAGAUAAAAACAAUUGAUAAUCGAGUGCUGCUAAAAGCAUUACUGUAUUAGCUUUGCUUUGUUAAGGAUUUCACAACCUUGCAAGAGCUAGGAUCAUAUUUAGACAUAUAGAGACACUGCUGAAAGGACAUAGGAAAAGACAAGAUACAAAUUGGUUGUAUUACAUGUCGUUCGAUUUAACAUUUUCAGUAAUUUAUGUAAAGAUCCAUUAAAGAGAUUGUUGAUGCCAUAGGUGUUCCAGA